UCCGACAAAAUAACCACUUUUGUUAUUCACUUUUUCAAACUCCGAAAAUGCUUUCUUGGCUACCACUGUAAGCGCAACGUAUUUCCUAAACGGAAAGUAAACUGUAAAAUAAUUCAAAAUCAACAAUAUAGAUUAAAAUAAGAGAUAACUGGUAACAUUUAUAUUAUCAAACAUAAAAUACAUGCUAAGAUAGUAACAACUUCAAUAGUUUUUAAAGUUAAACAAAAUCUUAUUAAAUUUCGAAAAUCUUGAUAGUUUGUCAUUUAUACGAAUUUCUAGAAAAUUCGCACAUUUUCCAGAAAGUUCACUAUGUCCAACCAAGAAAAGGCUGAGGCCCUAAAGGGUCAGGGUAACAAAGCUCUCCAAGCAGGGAAUAUUGAUGACGCUAUAAAAUGUUAUACAGAUGCGAUAGCCUUAGAUGGUAGUAACCAUGUCCUAUUCAGUAACAGAUCUGCAGCUUACGCCAAAUCAGGCAAAUACCAGGAAUCGUUGGCUGAUGCAGAAAAAACUGUAGAAAUUAAACCAGAUUGGCCAAAGGGCUACUCCAGACUAGGGGCAGCAUUAGGGUUUCUCAACAGACAUGAGGAAGCUCUUGAGGCUUAUGAAGAAGGCCUCAAACAUGACCCAAAUAAUGCACAGCUAAAAGAUGGGAAAAAGGAAGCAAAGGAUAAACUUGUCGGGCCAGCUGGCAGUCAGCCCAUCAACAACCCAUUCAAUGAUCCUACUAUGUACGCUAAACUAUCUACUGAUCCCAGAACCAAGGAUCUUAUGAAAGACCCAAGCUUCAUGACAAUACUUAAUGCUCUCCAGACUGAUCCCAAGGCCUUAGGAAUGUACCUGCAAGACAAAAGAGUAAUGACUGCCCUUGGAGUGUUGCUAGGGGUGGACCUCCAGGGUGCAGAGCCCCCUAGUGACCCAACACCUGAACCACCCAAACCUCAACCAAAGAAACAAGAGAAGAAAGAGGAAAAAAUGGAAGUUGACUUAACUGAAGAUCAAACCAAGGCUCUAGAAGAAAAAGCUCUAGGGAACGAGGCUUACAAGAAGAAAGACUUUGAUACUGCACACACUCAUUACGAUAAUGCGAUCAAACUAGAUGCAACAAAUAUGUCAUUCCUAACAAAUAAAGCAGCUGUGUACUUUGAACAAAAGAACUAUGACAGUUGUAUAGAGACAUGCCAAAAAGCCAUAGAUGUGGGCAGAGAUAACAAAGCUGAUUUCAAACUCAUUGCCAAAGCCUUGGCUAGAAUUGGCAACUCCUACAUGAAGAAGGAUGAUGUUCCUCAAGCAUUAGUGUUCAUCAACAAAUCACUCUCAGAAUACAGAGAUCCACAACUUGUUAAAAGAGUAAAAGAGAUUGAAAGGGUACAAAAAGAGAAAGAAAGAUUAGCAUACAUCAAUCCAGAAAUUUCUCAAGAAGAAAAAGAUAAGGGAAAUGAUGCUUUUAAAAACGGUAAUUACCCAGUAGCACUAAAGCAUUACAGCGAAGCAAUCAAGCGGAACCCAGAUGAUGCGAAGGUCUAUAGUAACAGGGCAGCCUGCUACAACAAACUCAUGGAAUUUGGAUUGGCACUGAAGGAUUGUGAAACAUGUAUUAAGCUAGAUCCAACAUGGGUGAAGGGCUACCUGAGGAAGGCAGGAUGCCUCCUAGCAAUGAAGGACACGGUCAAGGCUGGCGAAGUCUACCAGAAAGCAAUGGAAAUAGACCCCAACUGUCAGGAAGCCAUUGAUGGCUAUAGAAAUGCUAUAAUGUCCAACGAUGAUGAUCCUGAGGCAAUAAAGAAACGUGCCAUGAAUGACCCAGAGGUACAGGACAUCCUCAGUAACCCAAGCAUGCGAGUUAUUCUUGAACAGAUGCAGAAAGACCCAGGUGCAUUGAAAGAGCAUUUACAAAAUCCAGAAGUAGCAGGCAAGAUACAAAAACUAAUGAGUGCUGGACUUAUUGCAAUUCGCUGAUGAAACGUUACUCAGGACCAAAUAUUCUCAUUUAACUCCACAAAGACAAAUUUCAAGAUAAACAGUUCAACUUCAAAUGUGAGAGUGCUGAUAUCUCAUCAGAUGAAGGCUAUGAAUCUUCAACUGGUGUAUGUGAUACUGAACUGGAUAUUGACAUCAUUAUUAUUUCAUGAAAAGUUCUUGAUGUCCAGUUAUCAACAAAAGUUCUUGAUGUCCAGUUAUCAACAAAAGUUCUUGAUGUCCAGUUAUCAACAAAAUUUCUUGAUGUCCAGUUAUCAACAAAAGUUCUUGAUGUCCAGUUAUCAACAAAAGUUCUUAAUGUCCAGUUAUCAACAGUUGUUGAAAAAAUCAGUUAUAUUGGAUGAUUAUGUAAGCAUAGCGUAUUUGCAUUGCUUUAUAAAUGAACCAGGCUAUCAGUGGUCUACUCACAGUUAUUUAGGUGCCAGUAGUUGCACCACCAUGUGAUAAGGGUGGGUAAGAAAAACAGGUCAGAGCACAUAGAAAGAUCCCAUAUGUCUGCUUUUGAGUAUAAUAGAUUCAAUGGUCCAAUUAUGCUUUAAUAUAAUUGAAGAAUCUUCCUGACCUAAAGAUCAAAAUUUGUAGAGUUCAAGAUGAUAUCAAUUUCUCUGGAUUACAGGAAAAUCAAGUUUACUUCUACUGGCAUCUAGUCUAUUCCAACAUUCACAUAGCCUACAUCUUUAUCAUAAACUGUACAGUAUUGUGUUUGUCAAGUUGCCAAAAGUGUGAAUGGCCAAAAGCGAAUUGUCAAAAGUGAACUGUAUGGUGUUGCAGCAAAAUAUUCUGUCCAAUUAAAUGUUUUUUACAAAGUGCAUGCCUAGGAUUCAAACUCGUGCAAAAUGAAAUAAAGUCUGUGAAUUGCAACUGUGAAUUACGAAAUAUGUUAUUUCCAAGAAAAUGAAUAAGUAAUAAAAUUACAAUUGAAACUUUAAUUUUAUUAUUUGUAUUUUUUCCUGAGUGACCCUGGACAUUGUAAUAAGGAAAGUGUUUUCCUCUGAUAUUCAGCUCAUUGGAGUGUUAGUAAUCUCCUUUGGACAGCCUUCUUUAUUAUCCAUUAUACGCUGUUUCACCCAGUGGAUGGAAUACUGAAAGAACUUUCUGUUUAAUGCCCAUGACUGUUCUGAAGGAGAAAACAGAGUGCGUUUUACCUUACUUAUAACUAUAAACCCUGUCUUACUGUCUCAGAAUCUCCAGUAGGUCGGAAUCAAAAGCCAAUAUACCUUUCUGGUGAACCCAGGUGAGCUAUGUCACAUUUUGCUACAUUGAAAAAGCUUUGAUUUAUUGGCUAGAUCAGUGAUGUCAUAGGUUGUACUUUUCAAAAUGAGCAAUAAUCUAAUGCAGUUGCUAUAGGUCUAAGUUUAUCCCAUUUUAACGGGAUGAAUUGCAACAACCUAUGAUAUUAUUGUUCUAACAUUCCACCAGUUCAGACUUUAUUUUUAUGACAGGAUAAUUUUAAGGUUAUAGUUCAAAAUAUUUGAAAAAUCAAAAUGAUUUCCUUCAUUACUGAUUAGAUCAGAUAUCAAAAUUCUUUUUUUCUGAAAAUAGGGUUGUAAAGGCAACAGUUCAUGAUUUCGACAAUUUACACUAUCUAUUCUUUAGGCUUAGUGAGUUCAUUGCAGCCUUCAGUUGAUAAAGCUUGAGAAGUCCCUUGAGUUAAAUUGAAUUCAUAGGGUUCACUGUGAUUAUGUUCAUUGGAGAAGAUACAUGUAUGUGACUCAGAGAAUGUACUCAAAUCUAACAAAAUAAGUUCAUAUCUUUAGUAACACUAGCAAUUUAUUUUUACUAACAGCAAUAAACAAUAGGCUUAUAUGGAUCAUAUUUCAAACAUGACAAGGGUACAAUGUACAAACUUCUUUAGUUGUGGAAUCAACAACUAAAUUUAGGCUUACAGUCGAGGAAUACAAUUUAACCUGUAUC